AUGAAGUGGAAGCUGAAGUUGCCGAACCCAGGUCUGGAGGACAGAAUUCUGACCCACGAUGAGCUGGAGCGGCUGGAGGUGGAGGAGGCAGGAGACAGGCCCAAGUGGGAUAACAAAACCCAGUACAUGCUGACCUGCGUGGGCUUCUGUGUGGGACUGGGCAAUGUGUGGCGUUUCCCCUACCUGUGUCAGAGUCAUGGAGGAGGGGCCUUCAUGAUUCCUUUUCUGAUCCUGCUGGUUUUUGAGGGUAUCCCUCUUCUUCAUCUGGAGUUUGCUAUUGGUCAGCGGUUGAGGAAAGGCAGUGUGGGGGUGUGGAGAACCAUUAACCCUUACAUGCUUGGAGUUGGUAUUGCGUCUAUGUUUGUGUCCUUCCUCGUCAGUCUGUACUACAACACCAUCAUAGCCUGGGUCAUGUGGUACUUCUUCAACUCAUUCCAGGAUCCAUUGCCCUGGAGCCAGUGUCCCGUCAAUGCCAACAAUACAGGACUCAUUCCAGAGUGUGAGAGGAGCUCACCUGUGGAUUAUUACUGGUAUAGAAAGACUCUCAAUACUUCUGAAGCCAUAGAUGUGACAGGGGGUCUGCAGUGGUGGAUGAUACUCUGUCUGGUCUCUGCCUGGGCAGUGCUGUAUAUCUGCUGCAUCCGUGGAAUAGAAACCACUGGAAAGGCCGUGUACGUGACCUCCACGUUACCGUAUGUCGUUCUCACCAUCUUCCUGAUCAGAGGACUGACUCUGAAGGGAUCGGUCGAAGGUAUUAAGUUCCUCUUCACGCCAGACGUAAAUGAGCUUGCAAACCCCCAAACUUGGCUGAAUGCAGGAGCACAAGUGUUUUAUUCAUUUUCUCUGGCUUUUGGGGGUCUCAUCUCUUUCUCAAGCUAUAAUUCUGUGCAUAAUAACUGCGAGCAGGAUGCAGUCAUCAUCUCCAUCAUCAAUGCCUUCACAUCCAUCUAUGCAGCCACUGUCAUCUACACAAUCAUUGGUUUCAGAGCUACAGAGAGAUUUGAUGACUGUAUAAAUGGAAACAUAUUGACUCUAUUAAACACAUUUGAGCUGCCAGAGGGAAACAUCACUGAAAGCAACUAUGAUGCUACACUUCAGAUUCUCAACACCUUGUCCCCAGACAUCAUCUCCAACCUCACACUUAAAACCUGUAAUCUCAACACCUUCCUCAGUGAGGGUGUAGAAGGAACAGGCCUGGCAUUUAUUGUGUUCACUGAGGCCAUCACAAAGAUGCCCCUGUCUCCUCUCUGGUCUGUCCUCUUCUUCAUCAUGCUUUUCUGCCUUGGCUUGUCCUCCAUGUUCGGCAACAUUGAGGGUGUUCUGGUUCCACUCCAGGACCUAAAUAUCUUUCCUAAAACAUGGCCCAAAGAGGUUCUUUCAGGUGUGACAUGCGUGGUGUGCUGUCUGGUUGGGUUGAUCUUCGUGCAGGGCUCUGGGAACUACUGGUUGGCCCUGUUUGACAGUUUUGCUGGCUCAAUCCCUCUCCUCAUCAUAGCGUUUUGUGAGAUGAUUGGAGUUGUGUACGUCUAUGGUAUAGACAGGUUCAACGAAGACCUGAUAUUUAUGAUUGGACACAAGCCGAACAUAUUCUGGCAAGCCACGUGGAGAUUCAUUAGUCCUCUUAUCAUGUUAGUCAUCUUCGUCUUUUACUUUUCCACCACCGUCACCAAGGAGAUCUUCUACAGUGCCUGGAACCCUGAAUCGGAAAAUUUUCCAGUGCUAGAAAAGAAGCCUUAUCCAUCAUGGAUCUAUGUAAUAAUCUUUCUACUGGCUGGGAUUCCCAGUUUGUCUGUGCCUGGUGCUGCUGUUGUCAGAGCCAUACGAAACUACUGCUGCAAAAAACAUCACAGUGACAGAGUGCAGGAGCUCGACUCCAUAUCUUACACAAUUCAGGUGCAGGAUGAAGAGAAGAAAUCACAAAAUUCCUACAAGAGCUAA